AAAGUAAGAAUUCGGUUUAAAAAAUUUUCUUAUGAUCAUAUAUUAUCUCAAUUAAUGUUACGUGCUUCACUUAAAAUUGGUGAAUUCUUGACUACUGUGGUAGUUGUCAAAAAAUGGCUGAGAAGAGGAAGGGAAAGAAACGAAAGGAGGAGCUCCCGGAAGAUGAACCAGAGAAACCAUCAAAGGAAGAAUAUGCAUUAGCAAAAUGGCUGCGCAAGAAUGUGCCUACGAAGAAAACAAAGUUUUUAAACCACAAUGUAGAAUACUUUACAGCUGUGAAAGCAGUAGACGCAGUGAUGGCUUCACAUUGGGUAUUGGCCAAAGAAGGAGAGGAAGCAUUCUUUUCUUCCAGGAUUGAUGUAGUUGAGUUUCUAGACAGAAUGUUGAGGCAUAAGUUCUUUCACCGAGCCAAGAAGAUCCCAGUAAGUGAACAAGAACUGAAAGCAAAAUUGAAAAAAAAGGACAAAGAUCGUAAGAAAGAUGGUGAUGAUAAGCGUAAAAAGGAUGAUGAAAAAUGUGAGGAUGCUGAAAGUAGUCAUGCUGAAGGAGAAAAAAAGGAUGAAAAGUCUGCUUCUCAGGAGGACAAAGAAAAAAAGAAGAGAAAGAUCCGCCUUGAAAUGCACUUAGACCAGCUCUUUGUUGAUGGAUUGGAUGCAUAUGUUUGGAUCUAUGACCCGAUUCCAGUGUAUUACUGGUUUUUUGGCACAUUGCUAGUGCUUGGUGCUAUUGCUAUCUGCUUAUUUCCUUUGUGGCCACCAUCUGUAAGGAAGGGUGUCUACUACCUUAGUGUUGCAGCAGCUGGAUUUUUAGUUUUUAUCAUAGCACUGGCAGUUUUGAGACUGAUUGUCUUUUGUCUGCUCUGGGCACUUACUCUUGGCAAACAUCAUCUUUGGUUAUUACCAAACCUAACUGAAGAUGUUGGUUUUCUGGCAUCAUUCUGGCCCUUGUAUCAGUAUGAAUAUAAGGGAGGAGAAUCAAAGGGGAAGAAAAAAUCAAAGAAGAAGAAGGACAAGGACUCUGACAAUGAAGAUGAGAAGCAAGAUGAUGAUCCUGAAUCGAAAGAGGAAUCUACAAAAGCAGAUAAUGAGGGAAGGCUUGCAGCAUCAGAUGAUGCAGAAAAAGAAGCUGAAAAUUCUGAAAGUGAGUCAGAAAGUAGCCAGAAAUCUCAAACAGGUAAAGAUUUUGAGAUGGUAGAGAGAGAAGAAGUAGAGUCUUAACAACAGAAUAUUUGUUAAUAAGUUUGCAUAAAAAAUCUGUUGGAAGGCUGAAAUAUCAGCACAGCCUGCAGUAAAGUUACUUUCACAAUUUCUGUCAGUUGUUUUGUAAACUAUAAACAGAAUCAUCUUGUAAGGUAAUUAACUGCUGAAAUAUAGCACAUUCAGAUGUUCUGGAUAUAUUUUGGCCAAGUGGAAAACUUUGUGUAUGGAAUCAUGGAAAGUGUAUUAGUUCAGGAGCUUGCCACUUUUUUGUCACAUUGUUUGCACUUAAACUUUCAAAUAUUGAAAUGCAGUACACAGGAUAACUAUAUUUGAAACAUCUGCAUUUUAUUAAUAAAACAGUUAUUUCAUUACAUGUCGCAUAUAUUUAUUUGCUAGCCACUCAGGACAGAGCUAGUUUCAUUGGCAGUAUUGUUAAUAUGAGUGGUCCUCUUAUAUAAACUUGUUGUUGUAGUAAGCAAUGUUUUAGUUAAUGGAGUUUCUUCUUUCUCAGUGAAAUCAUUAUUUUUAUGUAUUUCCUUGAUGCAAAGCUGCAGAAUCAUAUCUAGAGAAAUGAACACGUAAUUGAAAGUGUUUAUUUAAAACAUGAUCAUCAUGAACACACAAAAAUAUGGGAAUAGGUUGUAUUAUUGUGUACUGAGAUUUCAUGACUGAGGGUGCUGAUUUCUGAAAUUGUUGUGUGUCCUCUCGUGUAAACCUGUGAAAUACAUACGGUGGUGAGAAAGUCUCAUAUUAAACAACUGUUAUUAUUAUUAUUAUUAUUAUUUACUGUACAAGACAAAUGUUUGCUGUAUAAAUAAACAGUGUUAGCUUCUAUCUCACCGUGGGUGCAGGUGUUGGAGAGAGAAAUUCGCUACAUUACUGUAAUAUGAAGAAUAAAAAAAAAUUGGUGGUGACAUAGUGAAUAUGUAUAUAACUGUUUUGAGCUCUACACAAAUCCUAAUCAUUCCAAGUGCAUUUCAUUUUUUUUUUUUCUCCUCAAUUUCCCCUAGCACGAAGUUUUAAAUACACAUUUUACUGUGAAUUUUAUGAAUGAUAUGCAUUACUCUCAGAGUACACUAUGUCAUAAGAGAAACUGCACAGAACAUUAAGAAAUUUGUAUGCAAGCUUGUAAGCUCUGUGUUUUUGUAUUCAGUGACGUUAUUUUCCAGUGGUUCAUUUCAUUGUGAUAUGACGUACAAAAUAGUACAGUAUACUGCCUUUAUUUUCUGCAAUUGGGUCCAAAAUGCUGAAAAAUCUACGCAGAUCUGAAUUUCAUUUGUCUGGUUAUAUUCAUUCCAGUUGGCAUUGUGCUGUUAUAUUCUGUAAGUUCAAUGGAGCUGGGUUUUAUUAUCAGUUAACAUUAUCCUGUUAAUUCUUUUCAGAUUGUACAUUAUAUGGUGUAUAUGGCAGAUGUAUUUUUAUUUUUUGAGUAAUUUACAUUGCUAUUGUGUCAUGCCAUGUUGUACUCCAUUAUUUCUUUGAAACAUUCAAAUUAAAGUCAUAGUUGGUCAAAAAUUAAUGACUGUUAUGUUUUUGGUGCUUGUAGCAUCUGUGUAGUACUUAAAAUGCUAGAAAGAACGCAUUAUAUCCUAACUUAAUUUUGCUACUUACGAUGUGUCAUUUACUGUGGGAAUUUUAACUUCUAUUUAACAGCUUAGCGAAAUAGUGCCAGCAAAUGCAAUGUUACUUUUCAAUUAAAUAAAUUUAUUGCGAUAGCCACCUGAUUUAUAUUAUGUUUACCAAAAAGAUACAAUGUAUUUUACUUAUAUGAAACUUUGUAUUAUUUAAGCCAUUUUCUUAUAGUGGAAAUGAAAAUUUCUCAGUAAAGCUUGUCAUUUCAUA